AUGACGAAUAAAAACAAACUGUUCAAAAAACAAGUGACAAAACUGCUAGACACGAGAAAAAAUUUGAACUCUCAAACCGAUGUAAACAACAACAACAACAGCAACAACAGCUGCUGUAGCAGUAACAACGACGGCGCUGGCAACGGCAGCCAGCAACAGACACCUGCAGACUGCAACAAUCCAACCAACAACACCACAAACAGCAGCAACAACAACAACACAACAAACACCAACACCAACAACCAGACACUAGACAACAACAAAACUGUCAGUUUCAAGAACAAUUCAAAAACCAACGCCAAAGACAACUCGAAGUUCAAACACAAGAAUAGUUUAGUGACAACGCACCACAGGGCUCUCGUAGCAUCUGGAAAGAAUGGGAGAAACCUGAAAACAGCUGAUGCAGCUGAUCUGCAUAACAAUGUUAGAAGUUCUUCUGGGCACGUCCUGGAACAGCAGCAGCAGCAGCUACAAAUGAUGCUGCAACGGCAACAACAACAACAACAAGAAGAAGAGGACUCAAAACCAAAAGUGCGAAUUUGCUGUUCCUGCUUUGAGAAAGCCCAGGCUAUAAAAAGCGAGAACGUUAUUCUGGAAGGACUGGAAAGUCUGAGGAGAACUAUUACGUCACAGACGGAAAUGAUCUGUCACAUGAUCGAAAAGGACGCGUUUAUCAGUUGGAAGGUCUUGAACGGAGUAACGAAAUCAAAAAUCCUACUGGAAUCAACGAGCGAGUUCCUCACAAACCUCCUAGCAACAUCAGCCACUCAGAUCAGAGAGAUGCUUUCAAAAUGUUCCCGCAACAUCCAAGAAAAAAUGCAAUCCGAAUUCAAUACCAUUAGUGAAGUUGACGAUAUUGAUAAUGAAAGUCUUGGCAGCUAG